CUUUUCCGGUUGGGGCUCCGUCGGCCGCCAGCUACCCCAAAAUGGCGAGUCGGGGUACGGUCUCGGGGAGAUAGAGGAGCCAGGUGGGGAACUGAUUUCACGAGGCCCCUGCGCUCCGGACCUCGGAGCUUCAGGGGCCCGAGGGCGCGCGCUUCCUGCCACCGCUCCCCAAGUGGCGUCCGAACCGCGUGCUCCCUCCCCCGAGCGGCAGGAGGUGUGGCGACUGGGGAGCGGAGCUGAGGGAGUGGGAAGUGGCGUCCGCGGAACCCGGAGCUGUGUGGAGUGCCCUUAGGGAGAAGAUCUACUGGUUCCUUUUGUACCAAACCUGACAAGACCUCAGUUGUCAAAGGUGGCUCCAGGAAGAUGGCACAUAUAGGAGUAAAACUGUUCCUAGAACAAAUGAUGAUGAGACAUCUGAAGGUGAAUACAUGCUCAUACCCACACAUGGAGGCUUUAUGGGAGACUAAGGGGUCUGUGAAAGAGACCUCCUGUCACAGUGAGAAACCCAGCCCACAAACAGACAAUCUGGGUCCUGAGAGUGCUCGCCAGCACUUUCGGGGCUUCUAUUAUCAUGAAGCACCUGGACCACUCGAGGCUGUCAGCCAGCUUCAGGAAUUAUGCCAUCAGUGGCUAAGGCCAGAGAUCCACUCAAAAGAGCAUAUCCUGGAGCUUCUGGUGCUAGAGCAGUUCCUGACCAUUCUGCCCAGGGAUACCCAGAACUGGGUACGGAAGUAUCAUCCACAGAGCAUCAAAGAGGCUGUGGCCCUGGUAGAACGCUUUCAGAGAGAACCUGGUGGACAGAAUAAUGAGAGUUUGUUGACGUUUGAAGAUGUGGCCAUGUCUUUUUCUGAGGAAGAAUGGAAAUUACUGAACCAUACCCAGAAGAUGCUGUACAAUGAUGUAAUGCAGGAAAACUAUGAGGCUGUCAUCUCGCUAGGGUUAAAGCUCAAAAAUGACACUGGAAAUGACCAACCUAUAUCGAUUUCUACAUUAGAAAGACAAGCGUCAGGAUGCAAAGUAUUAAGAAAGGCCAGAAUGAAAGUUGCCCAGAAAACAACAGACAAAGGAAAUGAUGGUACACGCAGGGUACGCAAGCGGCAUCAAGCCUUCCUAGGGAAGAAAAGAAGGAAACUUUCAACUUGUAAACAAGAGCUUCCAAAGCAUAUGGAUCUUCACGGGAAAGGCCAUGCAGAAGAGAAACCUUUUAAAUGUCAGGAAUGUGGGAAAGGCUUCAGAGUUAGUUCUGACCUUAUUAAGCACCAGAGAAUUCACACUGAAGAGAAACCCUAUAAGUGUCAACAAUGUGAUAAGAGGUUUCGGUGGAGUUCAGAUCUUAAUAAGCACUUAAUGGCACACCAAGGAAUAAAACCAUAUAGAUGCUCAUGGUGUGGGAAAAGCUUCAGUCAUAACACAAAUCUACACACACAUCUAAGAAUUCACACAGGAGAGAAGCCCUUUAAAUGUUAUGAAUGUGGAAAAAGAUUCAUUCAGAACUCCCACCUUAUUAAACACCAGAGAACCCACACAGGUGAGCAGCCUUAUACUUGUAGCAUAUGCAGAAGAAAUUUUAGCAGGCGGUCAAGCCUUCUUAGACACCAGAAACUCCACAGGGGAAGGGAAUCAUGUCCAGUGUCUCCAGUCUGAAGAGAGUCACCAUAUGGAGCUUGACCCUAGAGGUGAUGAAAGAAUACAAAAUUCUGAGGCAUCCAAUGAUAGGAAUUUGUCAUCAACAGAAAAUUUGUGAAGGGUGCAUGUCACGUUUCACAGAAGGGAAUCGACGCUGUACCUCUUUUAUUCAGCAUUGUAUCUUCAGUGCCUAGCAGAAGACUGAUACAUAAUGAGUACCUUAUAAAUAAAAGAAAGAAAAUAUAGUUA